GUGUUUGUAGGUCGACCGUGCCCAACGCGAAUGAAGAAACGUGGAACACUAGUGUACUACUACAACAAGGAAGCAACGUGCUUACUCGGGUUAUUAGUCUGUUCGGAUAUAACAGUUUUGAGGAAAUAUAACUGAAGAGAACGAAAACAUCCAGUCGUUUUAAAAUCAGCCGUAUAUCGUGGUGAGAAUGAAGAAGGAAGUGAGUGCUGGAGUGAACUUUCUGAAAGGUUUGGUAGUGGAGCGUGGAGGUGUGGAUCAAAUUAAAGCCAAACUUUUCGCUGCUAAAUUACAAGAGCUUCUGCUUAAAAAGUUCACAGGCCACUGGUACCCAGACAAUCCUUGCAAAGGACAGGCGUACAGAUGCAUCAGAAUAAAUGACAGAAUUUCCUGUGAUGAAUCAGUAUCACAAGCGUGCAUGGAGAGCGGCUUAAAGCCAAGUGAGUUAGGCUUUCCUCGGGAGAUCACCAUCUGGAUCGAUCCAUUGGAGGUGUGUGUGCGGUCUGGAGAGAAUGGCAGAUAUUUUACAGUAGCUCAGUUUACUGAUGUGGAGAAUGAGGAACGGGACUUGAAUAAGGAUGAUACUUCUAGCCAAGUGGAUUCUGUGAAUCUGGAUACCUCUGACUACCACUCAGCAACCUCAUCUGACUGCGGCUCAGCAGUCUCAAGUGAUACAGAAGAGGAGGUGAAAGAGAACAAAAUGAAAAAAGUAGAGGAGAGAAAAGUGAAGAAUACAAUUCAUACAGCAAGAUCUAAAGCAAGGGAGCCUAAAGGGCCAUGCAAGUUUACUCCAGCUCAGAUCCCUGGCCCGACGUACUUUUAUAACCCUGCACCGAUGUGGCCCCAGUACAAGAAGAAGAGAGGCAUGUUCUUCACGACUGUAUGCGCACCGGCACCUUCUCCAUUGUUUGCUUACUAUGUCGUACCCAAAGCCCCUCCUCAGUUCAUUGUGCCUCACGCUACCCUCCAAACCUGGGGGACAGUGAAAGGGUAACCAAAACCAGUGUAUCUAUAAUGUAAGACAUAUCUGCCAGUCUGCAGGGAACUUUAUAGCUUAUUAGAAUGAAAUCAUAAACUUGAAAUAUAGUGUCUAGCAUGUCAACUAUUUAACUUUUCACUGAUUUUGGGCUUAUAAAUUCAAAUGAACUUUAAGCUUUUCAUUUGACCUAUUCUGCCAUUAUUUAUUUUUUCUUUGUGUUUUUAGCUUUAGCUUUUUAUGUGCUAAAAUUGGUCAAUCAAUAUGUUUAAACUUCUCUUGCAAAAAACACUGGCUCUGUUAUUAUUUGAUCACAAACUGUACAGACAUUAUUUCUCAACUUUGCCAAAGUUGGAUUACAGCAUACUUGAAUUUUUUUAGUCAAAGAUAUGGAAAUCAAAACUUUUCCAGUAGCUUCUAUAGUGAGUUUUUUAUUGUUUUGUUAACUUUUUAUUCAUAGAACACUUGAGUGAUAUUUAAUGGAAUAGAAUUGUUUUGAGUGAAUGUAAAUAUUCACUGAAAUACUCAAUGGACGCACAUUCCCAAAUAUUACCAGCAGCUCAGGUGUAAUAGUUUAUGAAGUUACCUCUAAAACAACAAGCAUCCUAUACCUUUUUUAUUAAAAAUAAUCUCAUAUACUGAAGCCAAAGAGUGCUGUGCGGGUGAGGGUUCAAAUUAGUUGCUGCUUAUAAAGUUCCUGACUAAUGGGAAUUCACCUUUAAGAAUAAUCUUAUCUGCUCAAGAUGUAGAGAGGACUGCAUUAAAUGAUGAUAAUUGUACUGUAAUGUUUUCCAAUACCACUAGGUGGUAGUAUACAUUGCCUCAAGCCAUAAUUUCAUUACAAGCCAUAUUUCCACAUUUCAUUAUCUUAAUAUUUAGAUUGUACAUAACAGAUUUUCUUCUUGUAGUAUUUUUUUUUUUGUAAACACUGCAUGUAAAAGUGUACAGUGUCAUCUCACAAUUGCUGUCUGGGUACCAGCAGAAAUGUUUUAAUAAUCUGCCUUUUUAGAUUUGACCUUUGCUAUAUCAUUAUUAUUAUAUAAUUUAAUUGUCUGCAGUUUUGUAUGUUAAACUUAUAACCUGUGCUAUGUUUACAAAAUGUUGCCUUUUUUGUCUUUAAAUGCAUAUUUAAUGCUUUCUUUCCCUGUAAUCUUUAAAAUGAUGUUUUGCAUUCAUGCAAUCACUGUAAAUAUUGUUUCUGCUUUAGCAAAAAAGUAAUGAGAUAUGUCCAACGGAUGUUACAAAUAUAUAUUUUAUUACUAAAACAGUAACAGUUUUAUUUUUUUAUUUGAUUAUGGAAAAGUAUAAAAUUGUUCCUGAAGUUUAUCGAUUUUGCUGAUUCUGGAUGUAACCUAUUCCUGAAUUGUGCAAUUCACAGUAUUCUUCAUAGACUGAAAAUGAACAAACACUGACUUUUAAACCUUUUGUUGAAUCUUUUCAUACUCUUUAUGGCCUGAUUGAAGAAUGAGGAGUUUGGGGAUUCUCAAGAAGGCCUACUGUGAAGGCUAAAGGUUAUAGGAUGUCUGUAAGUUUUUUAAAAACAUUCUAACCUCUGAAAUUAAGCCAAAUAUAUGAUGGAGACAUCCUAAUGUA